UCAUUUACUCUCUUAUCUGAUAAAGAUUGAUUUAUUAUGAACUUUAUGAGUGUCAGAUUAAUAUAAGGUUAUGAAUUAUUAUAAACUGUUAUUUACUGAAGAAAAUGUCUGAUGUGAUUUUGUUCUGCUUGUGUUUGUGGAGUCUGCUGGGUGUGUUUGGUGAGUUUGUGUCAGUGAUGGAGGGAGAUUCUGUCACUUUAUCUGUCAAUCUCACUGAAACACAGAUUAAAGAGGGAAUCUCCUGGAAGUUUGGACCUGAAAUCACCAUUGCUGAAAUUGAGGUUGGUGGCAAAUAUAUCCAUUUAUAUGAAGAGAGAGCUGAUGGGAGAUUCAGACACAGACUGAAGUUGGAUCACAGUGGAUCUCUGAUCAUCACAAACACCAGAACCACAGACUCUGGACUUUAUCAACUAAUCAACACCAGAACAAAUAACCAACUCAAUAUAUUCAAUCUUACUGUCUAUGCUCGUCUGCCCGUUCCUGUCAUCAGCAGAGUUUCAUCACCAUUAUCAUCAAGCUCAAUCUGUUCAUUAUUGUGUUCAGUGUUGAAUGUGAGAGAUGUGAGUCUGUCCUGGUAUAAAGGAAACAGUUUAUUAUCCAUCAUCAGUGUGUCUGAUCUCAACAUCAGUCUCUCUCUUCAUCUGAAGUGUCUGGAUGAUUCUUACAGCUGUGUGCUGAAUAAUUCAAUCAGUAAUCAGACUCAACAUCUCAACACUGAUCUCUGUCAGACGUGUUCAGAAGAGACCUGCUCCUGUUGUGGUUUUACUGAAGCUGUGAUCCAAUUGGUCGUCUCUGUUCUGGUGGGCGUGGCUGCUGUUGGUUUUGUGGUUUAUGACAUCAGAUCCAGAAGAGAUGAAGAGAAGAGGAUGAGAUCAGAUAAACCCCACUAAACCUCUUCAGUUCAUUUAUUAUAGUUAUCACACAUUAUUAUUAUAUCUCUACACAAUCUUUAUUAUUUCUUUAAAAUUCUUCAUUUGUUCAGCUCGACUGUUUUCUUAUUAAAUAUUAUUGU